AUGAUUUCAAAGAACCUGGAGGAGGCUAAGGCCGAUGUCAAAAAGGGCAUCAAAGAGGCCCAAGGACAUGCAGAGGCUCUGUUUGGUGGUAAAGGGCUUACAGACCCUAUCCCCACAGUCGAGGACAAGUGGAAGUUGUUGCCCGCAUUCUUGAAGGUCAAGGGUCUUGUCAAACAACACAUCGACUCGUUUAAUUAUUUCAUCAAUGUGGAUCUGGAAAAGAUUAUCAAGGCGAACGAGCGUGUCAAAUCCGAUGUUGACCCUCACUUCUAUCUCAAAUAUACUGGAAUCAGAGUUGGAGCGCCAGAACGACCCGAUCAGGAAGCCAUGAACAGAUCAUACACACCACACGAGUGCCGUCUUCGUGAUCUGACCUAUUCCGCCAACAUCUAUGUUGAUAUCGAAUAUGUUCGUGGUCGCCAGAUCGUAAGGCGCAAGGGCGUUCCCAUUGGAAGGAUGCCGAUCAUGCUCAGGAGUUCACACUGCGUUCUAACUGGAAAGAAUGAGAUGGAGUUAGCCAAAAUGACUGAGUGUCCCUUGGAUCCAGGCGGAUACUUUGUGGUCAAGGGAGUCGAGAAGGUCAUCCUGGUUCAGGAACAGAUGUCAAAGAAUCGUAUCAUUGUGGACGUUGACCGAAAGGGCUUUGUCCAGGCUGGAGUUACUAGUUCUACCAUGGAGCGCAAGUCUAAGACAUAUGUUGGAACGAAGCAUGGCAAGAUUUAUCUGAAGCACAACUCGAUCGCAGAGGAUGUCCCGAUCGUCGUUGCACUGAAGGCUAUGGGUAUGCAGUCGGACAAGGAAAUCACACAGCUUGUUUGCGGACAGGAUUCGAAGUACAUCGAUAAGUUUUCGCCCAAUCUUGAGGAGUGCUCCAAGAUGAAGAUUUUCACACAGCAGCAGGCUUUGGAUUACAUCGGAUCAAAAGUCAAGGCGCCCAAGCGCUCCUUUGGACCCGGAAUCCGCAGACCACCUGCUGAGGAGGCACUGGACGUUCUUGCAUCUGUCGUUUUGGCUCACGUGGAAGUCCAUGAUAACAAUUUCCGACCCAAGUGCAUUUAUGUCGCCGUUAUGACACGUCGUGUUGUUAUGGCUAUGCUUCGUGGAGACUUGGUUGAUGAUCGCGAUUAUGUGGGAAACAAGCGUCUGGAAUUAGCUGGGCAGCUGCUUUCGCUGCUUUUCGAAGAUUUGUUCAAGAAAUUUAACUCGGACCUGAAGAUGAACAUUGACAAGGUCCUCAAGAAACCCAACAGGACUCAGGAGUUCGACGUAUACAGCCAAUUGCUCUUCCAUGGAGACCAUAUAACCUCUGGAUUUGUUCGUGCCAUCUCAUCCGGUAACUGGAGUUUGAAGCGUUUCAAGAUGGAGAGGGCCGGUAUUACACAGGUCCUGAGUCGACUCAGUUUCAUUUCCGCCUUGGGUAUGAUGACUCGUAUCUCAUCCCAAUUCGAAAAGACACGAAAGGUCUCUGGACCAAGAGCACUGCAGCCCUCGCAGUGGGGAAUGUUGUGUCCUUCCGACACGCCAGAAGGAGAGGCCUGUGGUCUGGUCAAGAACUUGGCUCUGAUGACCCAUAUUACCGUCGAUGAUGAAGAGGAGCCCCUUGUCAAACUGGCGUUCAUUCUGGGUGUCGAAGAUGUGUCGCUGCUUACUGGACCGGAGGUGUACUUGCCCGACACUUUUAUGGUCUUCUUGAACGGAAACAUUCUUGGUAUUACCCGCCACAGCAAACAGUUUGUCGCGGCAUUCCGUCGCAUGCGCAGAGCUGGACGUAUAUCAGAGUUCGUCAGCAUCUUCAUCAGCGACCAUCACAACUCUGUCCAUAUCUCAUGUGAUGGUGGUCGUAUCUGCAGGCCCCUUAUCAUUGUCGAGAAUGGAAAGCCCAGAGUCAGGUCGGAACAUAUUGAGCAGCUGUCGGCAGGAAAACUGUCUUUUGAUGACUUUUUACGCCUGGGAUUGAUCGAGUAUCUGGAUGUCAACGAAGAAAGCGAUUCCAACAUUGCACUGUAUGAGCGUGAGAUCAUUCCCGAGUCAACACACGUCGAGAUCGAGCCCUUCACAAUUUUGGGUGCUGUCGCUGGCUUGAUUCCCUACCCUCAUCACAACCAGUCUCCUCGUAACACCUACCAAUGUGCUAUGGGUAAACAGGCCAUUGGAGCAAUCGGCUACAACCAACUGAGCCGCAUCGACACCUUGCUCUACCUCAUGGUCUACCCUCAGCAGCCUAUGGUCAAGACCAAGACUAUUGAAAUGAUCGGAUACGAUAAAUUGCCUGCUGGACAGAAUGCCACCGUCGCCGUUAUGUCCAACUCUGGAUACGAUAUUGAGGAUGCUUUGGUCUUGAACAAGGCUUCACUCGACCGCGGAUACGGUCGUUGCCAGGUGCUUCGCAAAUACGCCACCUUGCUUAGACAGUACCCCAACGGAAGCUACGAUCGUCUGGCCGAUCCUCCAGUUCACCCUGACGACCCAGCCAUUGUACAGGAGAAGUUUGAGGUUCUGGAUAAGGACGGUAUUGCAUCGGUCGGAGAGAGGAUCAAGCCUGGUCAGGUUUAUAUCAAUAAGCAGAUGCCGACGAACACCAGCUCAGAUAUUGGUGUCAACUCGCGGGACCCCACAGCCAAUGCCUACAAGAAUUCGCCCAUGUCAUACAAGAGUGCAAUGGAGGGAUAUGUGGAUAAGGUGCUGAUGACGACCACGGAUAAUGACCAGACGUUGAUUAAGGCAUUGAUUCGACAGACUCGUCGUCCAGAAUUGGGAGACAAGUUCUCAUCUCGUCACGGACAAAAAGGAGUGUGCGGCAUUAUUAUCCAGCAAGAGGACAUGCCGUUCUCUGACCUUGGUAUCUGUCCCGACGUGAUCAUGAACCCACACGGUUUCCCAUCGCGUAUGACGGUCGGAAAGAUGAUCGAGUUGCUGGCAGGCAAGGCUGGAGUGUUGAAGGGUGAGCUACAGUACGGCACAGCAUUCGGCGGAUCGAAGGUGGAGGACAUGAGUCGGAUUUUGAUCGAGAAUGGGUUCUCGUACUCGGGCAAAGACUAUGUAACGAGCGGAGUGACUGGAGAGCCACUGUCGGCGUAUAUCUAUUUUGGACCGGUUUAUUAUCAGAAACUGAAGCACAUGGUAAUGGACAAGAUGCAUUCACGUUCGCGCGGUCCCCGUGCGGUCUUGACACGCCAGCCCACAGAGGGUCGUUCCAGGGAUGGUGGUCUGCGUCUUGGAGAGAUGGAGAGAGAUUGUUUGAUUGGUUAUGGUGCCAGUAUGUUGUUGCUGGAGCGCUUGAUGAUCUCGUCGGAUAUCUUUGAGAUCCAUGUGUGCGAGAUGUGUGGACUUUUGGGAUAUGCGGGCUGGUGCCAGCACUGCAAGAGCUCGAAGGGUAUGGCGAAGAUGCAGAUUCCCUAUGCGUGUAAGUUGCUCUUCCAGGAGCUGCAGUCGAUGAACGUCAUUCCUCGUUUGCAGCUCGAGAAUGUGUUUUAA